AUGGCAAGUGUAUUUGCAUCCCUUGGCGCUCGCUAUGCUGCCUUUGCAGCUGCAGCCCUCGUCGCUUUUAUUGUCGCCGUUAUAGUCAAGAGGCGCCAUUUCCACCCAUAUAGCAAAGUCCCCGGUCCGUUUCUAGCAAAAGUAACGAGCCUGUACUCGGCCUAUCACUCAUGGCGAGGGACGAUGCACCUCGAUGUGCAGCGAUGCCAUCAACGUUACGGAGACUUGAUCCGAUAUGCGCCAAACCAGGUCCUCUCCUUGCAUCCGCCAGACAUGGCUGCCAUCUAUGGCCAUGGCGCCCCCUUUCGAAAGGCCAAGGGCUACAAGACCAUGAUCCCCAUCCCCGACGGCUGGAGCACCAUGACGUCGAUUGACAAGACUCUGCACCACAACCUGCGCAGGGUCUUUCGAUCCGGCGUCGGCGCAGACUACCUCGCGCGCUUUGAGCCAGCCAUCCUGCGCAACCUCAAGGUCUACUUUGGCCAGCUGCAAAGGGAAAUGGACGCAGAUGGCUGGAGCGCUGCAGCCGACAUGAGGAAAUGGAAUCUCUGCUUGGGUUUCGACACCAUGGCUGAUUUCGGACUCGGCAUCAAGACGGACCUCUUGCGCAGCCCGGCCCGGGAAUUCGUCUUUCCCGCGCUGUACGUGCACGAGAAGAAGAUGGGCCUGUGGGAACAGCUGCCCAUCUUUAGCACCCUGGGCAUUGGACACAUCGUCGCCGUUGCCUUUCUCCUCGUCUCGUCCGAAGCACGCAAGUUUGCCCAGUGGUACAAGACGCUGCUGGACCAGGCCAUUGCCGACAACGCGUCCACAAGCCGGGGCAUCUUUGGCCCCGUCAUCCAGAGCGGCCUGGGCAUCCUCAAGAACCCGGGCCACAACUAUGCGCAGAUGAUUGGCGAGGGCGCGUUCAGCACCUUUUCGUCUGCCGAUGCGUACGGCAUCAUGGUCUCCGGGUUCGUCCAUUACCUGACUCAGUAUCCGUACGUGUACGAGAAACUGGCGGCCGAGAUGCGGAGCAUGUAUACGCCCGGCGAGGAUAUUCCUUGGGACGCCAGGCUCGAGUCCAACGUCUACCUGCGCGCCGUCAUCAACGAAGUCAUGCGCCUGCUGCCUCCAGCCUGCGGCGUCCACUGGCGCGAGUGCGAGCGGCCCGGCGUCACAGUCGGGCCAGACGGGGUGCCCCUGACGGUUGGCAGCGACGUGGGGAUGAGCAUCUUUUCGCUCUUCAGGGACGGCCGCAUCUUCCGUGACCCGGUGCGCUUCUGGCCGGAGCGCUGGAUCCCAGGCACGAUACCCGAGACGGAGUACUCGCUUGCAAAAACCAUGUUUAGACCGUUUCUGAUCGGGCCGCGCAACUGUGCGGGCAGCCACGUCGCCAUCAUGAUUGGCAGCAUUGCGUACGCAUACAUCUUGGUCAACUACGACUUUCGGCGGGGGCAGAUGCAGCGCUCGACGAGGUCUCAUAUCCGGUCGAAUGCCCGAGGGGAAAGGGGCGCGGACAAGGAGCUUGUGUUUGAGAGUCAUUAUUCGAUUGCGGGUUGGGAGAGUGGUCCGUUUAUCCAGUUUAAAGCCCGGUGA